UUUUCUUGGCUGCUCUCGAUUAAUCUCGGCUGGGACGGUGGUGUCCAUGUGCAAACAUGUGGUCAUCAUUUGCAUCUGGACUGUUUGAAAUCCUAUCUCGAGUCCCUUCGUAGUCAGCAACGGCAGCAGAGUCUAGCGGUGGAACGGGGCGAGUAUCUGUGUCCGCUGUGCCGGCAAUUAGCCAACUCUGUUCUGCCGCUGUCACCGCAAUUGGGCGAAUGCUCGGCGGUGGUGCGAUCUCGUCACGCUUCCACAGAGACCAUUUAUGCGGAUCUGAACACUUUUCUCAAGGAGAUACAACGAAAUCCUGUCUCCUCGAAUCUGGCUGUGGCGAUGGGAAAGGCCAUGGAAGAUAUGACGAGUUGCACGUAUCUAAAGUAUAAGCAAAAGGACUGUAAACCUAGUCACGAAAGCUUGUUCCUUUUUGUAACUUCGGUAGCUCGAACUAAUUUUGAGAUUGAACUUGUACAACGCGGCGGUUCGUUGUGCGUUCCACCACCUACGGCGACACCCCUGACGCCUAAACGCGAUUGCAUAGUCGCGCUUCUUCACGUAUUGGCGAUGCACGCUCGG